UCGCUGGGGUAGAAAAAGAACAAACAAAACAAAACAAAAAAAAAAAAACAAAACAAAAAUGUAAAAAAGAAAACGAGAGAAAAAAAAAUAAAAAAAAAAUCAAGUAUGCAUUUGCCGUCAUUUCAUUGUCUUUAGAAAAAUUUUGAAAAACAAAAAUGACGGAAAAGAAGAGAAAGUGAGGGAAAAUUUUGAAGCUUUGUUUAUUUUUUGAGCUGCUUUCAGAUUACUAUUUGCUUAUUCUUCUUUCUUUCUUUCUUUUUGAUGGUGGUUCUGUUUGCUACUUCACUCAAACCCUCGUGAGUCCAACACACAAAGAGUGUUCUUCAAUAAAAACAAAGCAUUGAUCUUUUAUUUAGGUUUUGUCCGAGGAAGUUCGACUUUUAUACAGGGCAAAGAAUAGGCAAGGUUUCAAAGGAUGCUGGUAAUUUAAUCUGUUUUUAGAUGGGUUUUUCAAGGCAGUUUCUUUUUGGCGUUAAUCUCAAUUGGGUUAAGAACUUAAGAGACAUUAAAGGGAUCUGAACCAUGGUAUGAUGGAUCAAUCAAGAACAAAUAAGCAGCUUCCACGUAAUUCCAUUGAACAUGGAUAUGAGGAGCUACAGCCCCCAUCCCAGUCAUUUGUGGGUGAUCCUCUUAGCAAUAUGCAUGCUAAUACCAGACCCCCUGACCCUAAUAUUUCAGAAGUUAGACCUGUACUUAAUUACUCCAUACAAACAGGUGAGGAAUUUGCUUUUGAAUUUAUGCGUGAUCGGGUGAAUCCUAGGAAGCCUUUGCUUCCCAACACUAUGGGUGAUCCCAGUUAUGCACCAGGCUAUUUGGAAUUAAAAGGCAUUUUAGGUAUCAGCCAUGCAGAGUCUGAAAGAGGGUCGGAAGUUUCAAUGCACAGCAUAUCACAAAAAGGUCCAGAACACUUUGAGAAUAAAAACUCAUCUUCUCAUGGAGGCAGAAUUAACUAUUCUUCAGUUCAAUCGGUACCACGAACUUCAUCAGGCUAUGAGAGUAGUCGAGGAAUUCUUCAUGGCUAUACCUCUUCUGGAGCCUCUGAUAGCUCAUCAAUGAAGAUGAAAGUUCUUUGCAGCUUUGGGGGUAAAAUUUUACCCCGGCCAAGUGAUGGAAAGCUGAGGUAUGUUGGAGGUGAAACACGGAUUGUCCGAAUUAGAAAGGAUGUUUCCUGGCAGGAGCUUACCCAGAGAAGUUUAUCGAUUUAUAACCAAACUCAAGUAAUUAAGUAUCAGCUCCCCGGAGAGGAUCUCGAUGCCUUGGUUUCGGUAUCUUCUGAUGAGGAUCUGCAGAAUAUGAUGGAGGAAUGCACGGAUUUAGGCAAUGGAGAGGGAUCGCAAAAGCUAAGGAUCUUUUUAUUUUCUAUGAGUGAUUUGGAUGAAACUCAGUUUAGUCUGGGCAGCAUGGAUGGUGAUUCUGAGGCUCAGUAUGUAGUUGCUGUUAAUGGAAUGGACCUUGGGUCAAGAAAAUCCUCGACUUUGCAUGGUUUUGCAAGCUCAUCAGCCAAUAAUUUAGAAGAUCUAGAUAGACAGAGUAUUGAGAAAGAGACAAGUAGAGCUGCAGUAGACUCAGUGGGGGUUAGCAGUGUACCUUUUCCUGGAAAUAUUGUUUCAUCAUCAACCAGUCAUUCUCCAGAGCCUGUCCUACCUGGUUCCUCAAGUGCAUAUGAAAAUAAUCCUCCUUUUUAUCAUGGCAAUAUGAUGCAUUAUGGAGAAAAUAUGCCAUACCAGCUACCUGAUGCCCGCAUUACUUCUAUUCACUCGCCUUUAGUUCCUGGUUCAAUGCCUGUUCCUGUGGUAAGGGAUCAACAAGGAGGCUCAACAGAAGGGCAAAAAUUUGGUGGAUCAAGGGUUGAGAACGUGCACAUGCCAGUAAAACAGGUGAAACUGAAAUCUGAUGGUUCAGUGCAGCAAGACGGUACCAAUGAAAAUGUUUGCAUGUCAGGGAAUGCAUAUGCUGUCCUUUCACAGCCAUACGAGAGUAAAUUAAUGGAUUAUUCUCCUGUUGAAGAGGCAUCAGUUGCAGUCACUGCUUCUGAGGGUGGUCUGCAUUUGUUGUCAAAAAAUGAGGUAAAGUACCAGGAGCCUGAAAAGGUUUCUGCAUCAAACGAUUCUGUGCACCUGUUGCAGGUUCCUAAAUCUAGUGAGGAUGAUCAUUAUUCUACAUCUAGUACUGCAUUUGCUACUGGCUAUGCUGGAUCUGAGUCUAAUGCAAUGGAUUUAAGUUACUUUGAACAACCUGUGCUUCCUCAAAGAGUUUAUUAUUCAGAAAGAAUUCCCAGGGAGCAGGCAGAAAUGCUUAAUCAGGGAGAGUUGCUUAAUCGAUUAUCAAAAUCGGACGACUCACAUGCUUCUGAAUAUCUUGUAUCUCAUUCACGUGCUGAUAUUUCCCGGCAGGAUCCAAUAGCAGAAGGAGUUGACAAAACAUAUGAAGAUGGGAACCUGGCUCCCCCAACUGAACAACCCUCAAUGACAAAGCCAUUAUAUGUGGAUACUCAUAUUGUUGAUGGUGGACUUGCCAAACUUCAGAAGUACAAAGAAUUUGCUGAUUCUGUUACUCAGAAUUCGGAGCUCUUGCAAGACAGUGAUGUUGAUUCAAAGCAUGCAUUUCCAAAUCCUAUGGAUAGUAAAGAUGCUGUGAAAGAGGAUAGGUCUGACCAAGAAACAAUACGCUCAAAAGAUUCCCAUGAGAAGCUCCCAGUUGAUGAAAUCCCAGAACAUGCAGAUGUAAAUCAGAAAACUUCUGUUGAGCACCAAGAAGAUCCUACAUCUGAUCUUACAAGACAUCAUUUAAGUGAGGUCGUUGCUAAGGAUCCCAGUAGUGAUGACACCAUGGGUGAUGGACAACCAUUUCCAAGGUCUGAGAACUUGGCUAAACGUGCUUCUCAGGAUGCACCCUCAAUUGGUAUAUCCACAUCAACGCAAGUUUAUAUUGAAGAUAGGUUUCCCCGUGAUUUCCUUUCUGACAUAUUCUCCAAAGCUGUACUUUCUGAAGAUUCCCCUGGUGUUGGUUUGCUGCACAAUGAUGGGGCUGGCUUGAGUUUGAACGUGGAAAAUCACGAACCUAAACGUUGGUCAUAUUUUCGGAAUUUGGCACAAGAAGGAUAUAAUCAAAAUGAUGUUUCUCUAAUGGACCAGGAUCAUCCUGGAUAUUCAAAUGUGCAUGGAAGAGUUGAAGAAGAAGAUCAUAUAGCAUAUCAGCAUGCACCUUUAACAGCAGAUAGAGCUCUGAUGGACCAUGUAAAUUCCCAGACUGCAGCAGAAAGUAUUGUUCCAUGUUCAGAUCAUCCCCAUGCAAUGGACACUGAAAGUGUGCAGUUUGGUGCUAUGAUGGAAAAUCGAAGAAUGCCAGAAUCAGACUAUGAGGAUGGGAAGUUUGAAACCAGGUCUGCUGGUCUACCUCCUCUUGAUCCUUCCCUGGGAGAUAUAAUUGACAUCAGUACCUUGCAGGCCAUUAGGAAUGAUGAUCUUGAAGAGCUGAAGGAGCUGGGUUCGGGUACCUUUGGGACUGUGUAUCAUGGAAAAUGGAGGGGAACAGAUGUUGCAAUUAAGAGAAUAAAGAAGAGUUGCUUUACUGGUAGAUCAUCAGAGCAAGAGAGAUUGACUGUAGAGUUCUGGCGGGAAGCUGACAUACUCUCAAAGCUUCACCAUCCAAAUGUGGUAGCAUUUUAUGGUGUAGUGCAAGAUGGACCGGGAGGGACAUUAGCUACUGUAACUGAAUACAUGGUUGAUGGUUCUCUCAGGCAUGUUUUACUUCGCAAAGACAGGUAUCUUGAUCGUCGCAAGCGGCUCAUAAUUGCUAUGGAUGCAGCAUUUGGAAUGGAAUAUUUGCACUCAAAGAAUAUUGUGCAUUUUGACUUGAAGUGUGACAACCUGCUUGUGAACUUAAAAGAUCCACUACGUCCAAUUUGCAAGGUAGGUGAUUUUGGCCUUUCAAAAAUCAAGCGAAAUACCCUGGUUUCUGGUGGUGUUCGGGGAACUUUACCAUGGAUGGCACCGGAGUUGCUAAAUGGCAGCAGCAACAAGGUCUCUGAAAAGGUUGAUGUAUUCUCUUUUGGCAUUGUUUUAUGGGAGAUUCUCACCGGUGAGGAGCCAUAUGCCAACAUGCAUUACGGUGCAAUUAUAGGAGGUAUUGUGAAUAAUACAUUAAGACCAACAAUACCAAGUUACUGUGAUCCUGAAUGGAGAAGGCUGAUGGAGCAGUGUUGGGCGCCUAAUCCUUUGGCUAGGCCAUCCUUCACAGAGAUCGCUAGUCGUUUACGUGUAAUGUCUGCAAUGGCUAGCCAAACCAAAACACAGGUUCAGAAGGCAUCUAAAUGAUGAUUUGAGUUCAUUCCUUGUGCCCUUCUUCCAUGAUUAUAUAAGAUGAUAUAAAUUUAUUCAUUCAAUUGUAUACAAAAAAACAUAGUAUGUAUUAUAUUUGUAGUUGUGAUUGUUCCCAUGGUGGAUUUUGAAAUGGAAUGUGUUUAUGAAGUUUUACUACUA